AAGCCCAGGGCGCGAGCGCGAGAGGACGGGGCGGGCGCGGGAGGGGGAGGCAGAGGAAGGGAGUGGCUGCAAGCCGGGCUGCCGCAGCCUCCGGCUCCUCGCCGCCGCACGACCCCUCCUCCUGCGCCGCGGCCGCCUCCCUCCGCGCCGGGGAAAGAUGCCCUUAGCCCGGGGGUGUGAAGAAGGGGGAGAAGGAGCCGCCGGAGCCCGCGCCGCCGCCGCCGCCGCCGCCCGUGUCCUUUGAGUCCGAGAGGCGCCCCCCGCGCCAGGGCGUCGGGAGCCGCGGCGGGCGGCCGCGGUGCGGGUGUGGGGAGCCCGGGCGCUGCGCCCGCGCGGCCCAGGCCGGCCGAGCGGCGCCCCGACAUGGAGCGGGCUCGGGCGGCCGAGUAGCCGUGCGCCGCAGCCCGCUCUCCAGCCGCGGCCGCGCCGCCAGCCAGGCCCCGGGAGGAGCGGGGACAGAAAUGAAGCGUUUCCACCCGAAUCCGCUGGGAACAGGACUACCUGCAAAGCCUUAAACAGAAGGACCUCGGGAGGAGAAAGGGAAAGCCGCCUCCGGCACGACUCGGCGUGCUCCGAGCCGAGGGGCUGCUCCAGGGACCUCGCCCCCUCCCGUCCCCGCCGGAGGAGUCGCCGCGGACGCGUUAUCCCAGUGGUGGUUGGGAGGAUUUGCAGCAGAAUUUUUGGUUUUCCCUCCCCCUUAUAUACAUUCUGGUGUUUUCCUCCCUUUUCUAUUUUCCUUCUUCCUGGGAAGUGAAUUGCUGAUGCAGAUCGGACUUAAUUCAUUAAUGAUGCAACCGGAUUCGUUUCAGGAUUAUGUUGCACGAGUUGAAUUUUGAAUGAAGGAGAAGAGUUUUGUUUUUUUUUUUUAAAGUAUUGACUCUUUGGUUCGUUGUACUUUUAAUUAUUAUUUUAUUUAAAUUUACGACUUAAUUGUAUUAUGCUUUAAGAAAAUGUAUUAAAUAUAUAUUUUAUGGUAACUUUCCCGCAAAAUAUAUGUAUAUGUGCGAGAUUGAAGACGCUUCAGUUAAGUGAGGUGACUGGUGUGUUGGAUGUUGAAUUCAGCACCGGCAUUGCGUGACAGUUGUUGGAAUAACAAGUGGUUUAUUUUUGAAACCGCACCUUUUAAAAUUUAGGUUCAGCUAGUCAUAGUAAAAGUCGUAGUAAUAAUUUAAAGGAAAACCAGCAGAAAUUGAAGCAAACAUGUCUGGAGAAGUGCGUUUGAGGCAGUUGGAGCAGUUUAUUUUGGAUGGGCCCGCUCAGACCAAUGGGCAGUGCUUCAGUGUGGAAACGCUGCUGGAUAUCCUCAUCUGCCUUUAUGAUGAAUGCAAUAAUUCUCCAUUGAGAAGAGAGAAGAACAUUCUUGAAUACCUGGAAUGGGCUAAACCAUUUACUUCUAAAGUGAAACAGAUGCGAUUACACAGAGAAGACUUUGAAAUAUUAAAGGUGAUUGGUCGAGGAGCUUUUGGAGAGGUUGCUGUGGUGAAACUAAAAAAUGCAGAUAAGGUAUUUGCCAUGAAAAUAUUGAAUAAAUGGGAAAUGCUGAAAAGAGCUGAGACAGCAUGUUUUCGUGAAGAAAGGGAUGUUUUAGUGAAUGGAGACAAUAAAUGGAUUACAACUUUGCAUUAUGCUUUCCAGGAUGACAAUAACUUAUACCUGGUUAUGGAUUAUUAUGUUGGUGGGGAUUUGCUUACUCUGCUCAGCAAAUUUGAAGAUAGAUUGCCUGAAGAUAUGGCUCGAUUCUACUUGGCUGAGAUGGUGAUAGCAAUUGAUUCAGUGCAUCAGCUGCAUUAUGUACACAGGGAUAUCAAACCUGACAAUAUAUUGAUGGAUAUGAAUGGACAUAUUCGGUUAGCAGAUUUUGGGUCUUGUCUGAAGCUGAUGGAAGAUGGAACGGUGCAGUCCUCAGUGGCUGUUGGAACUCCGGAUUAUAUCUCUCCUGAAAUCCUUCAAGCCAUGGAAGAUGGAAAAGGCAGAUAUGGACCUGAGUGUGACUGGUGGUCUUUGGGAGUCUGUAUGUAUGAAAUGCUUUAUGGAGAAACGCCGUUUUAUGCAGAAUCUCUGGUGGAGACAUAUGGAAAAAUCAUGAAUCAUAAAGAAAGGUUUCAGUUUCCAGCUCAAGUGACUGAUGUGUCUGAAAAUGCUAAGGAUCUUAUUCGAAGGCUCAUCUGUAGCAGAGAGCAUCGACUUGGUCAGAAUGGAAUAGAAGACUUUAAGAAACACCCAUUUUUCAAUGGAAUUGACUGGGAUAAUAUUCGAAACUGUGAAGCACCGUAUAUUCCAGAAGUUAGCAGUCCAACAGAUACAUCAAAUUUUGAUGUGGAUGAUGACUGUUUAAAGAAUUCUGAAACAAUGCCCCCACCAACACAUACUGCAUUUUCUGGCCACCAUCUGCCAUUUGUUGGUUUUACGUAUACUAGUAGCUGCGUUCUUUCUGAUCGGAGCUGUUUGAGAGUUACUGCUGGUCCCACUUCACUGGAUCUUGACGUUAACGUUCAAAGGACUCUAGAUAACACCUUAGCAACUGAAGCUUAUGAAAGAAGAAUUAAGCGCCUUGAACAGGAAAAACUUGAACUUAGUAGAAAGCUUCAAGAGUCAACGCAGACUGUCCAAGCUCUGCAGUAUUCAACUGCUGAUGGUCCACUCACAGCAAGCAAAGAUUUAGAAAUCAAAAACUUAAAAGAAGAAAUCGAAAAACUAAGGAAACAAGUAAGAGAAUCAAGUCACUUGGAACAGCAACUUGAAGAAGCUAAUUCUGUGAGGCGAGAACUAGAUGAUGCUUUUAGACAAAUCAAGGCUUAUGAAAAGCAAAUCAAAGCAUUACAGCAAGAAAGGGAGGACUUAAAUAAGGAACUAGUCCAGGCUAGUGAGCGAUUAAAAAACCAGUCCAAAGAGCUGAAAGACGCACACUGUCAGAGGAAACUGGCCAUGCAGGAGUUCAUGGAGAUCAAUGAGCGGCUAACAGAAUUGCACGCCCAAAAACAGAAACUUGCUCGCCACGUCCGAGAUAAGGAAGAAGAGGUGGACCUGGUGAUGCAAAAAGUUGAAAGCUUAAGGCAAGAACUGCGCAGAACAGAAAGAGCCAAAAAAGAGCUGGAAGUUCACACAGAAGCUGUAGCUGCUGAAGCAUCUAAAGACAGGAAAUUGCGUGAACAGAGCGAGCACUACUCUAAGCAACUGGAAAAUGAAUUGGAGGGACUGAAGCAAAAACAGAUUAGUUACUCACCAGGAGUAUGCAGCAUAGAGCAUCAGCAAGAGAUAACCAAACUAAAGACUGAUUUGGAAAAGAAAAGUAUCUUUUAUGAAGAAGAAUUGUCUAAAAGAGAAGGAAUACAUGCAAAUGAAAUCAAAAAUCUGAAGAAAGAACUGCACGAUUCAGAAGGCCAGCAACUUGCUCUCAACAAAGAAAUUAUGAUUUUGAAAGACAAGUUGGAAAAAAACAGGAGAGAGAGUCAAAGUGAAAGGGAAGAAUUUGAAAAUGAGUUCAAACAACAGUAUGAACGAGAAAAAGUGUUAUUAACUGAAGAAAAUAAAAAACUGACAAGUGAACUUGAUAAGCUUACCACGUUGUAUGAGAACUUAAGUGUACACAACCAGCAGUUAGAGGAAGAGGUGAAAGAUCUAGCAGACAAGAGAGAAUCCGUUGCACACUGGGAAGCCCAGAUCACAGAAAUCAUUCAGUGGGUCAGUGAUGAAAAGGAUGCACGAGGAUAUCUUCAGGCCUUAGCUUCUAAAAUGACUGAAGAACUGGAAGCAUUAAGAAAUUCCAGCCUGGGUACACGAGCAACAGAUAUGCCCUGGAAAAUGCGUCGUUUUGCAAAACUGGAUAUGUCUGCUAGACUGGAGUUGCAGUCAGCUCUGGAUGCAGAAAUAAGAGCCAAACAGGCCAUCCAAGAAGAGCUGAACAAAGUUAAAGCAUCUAACAUCGUCACAGAAUGUAAACUAAAAGAUUCAGAGAAGAAGAACUUGGAACUGCUAUCAGAAAUUGAACAGCUGAUAAAGGACACUGAAGAGCUUAGAUCUGAAAAGGGUGUAGAGCCCCGAGACUCACAGCAUUCUUUCUUGGCAUUUUUGAAUGCGCCUCCCGAUGCUCUGGAUCAACUGGAAACUGAUCCCGUUGAGAACACAUAUGUAUGGAAUCCGAACGUCAAGUUUUACAUCCAGUCAAGGUCCACAUCUAGUGAAGAUGAGCCAGUUAAGACUGUAGACUCCGCUCCACUUCCAGUUCACACACCAACCUUAAGGAAAAAGGGGUGCCCUGGUUCAGCCGGCUUUCCAGCUAAGCGCAAGACUCAUCAGUUUUUUGUCAAAUCUUUUGCUACUCCUACCAAAUGUCAUCAGUGUACCUCUUUGAUGGUGGGUUUGAUAAGACAAGGCUGUUCCUGUGAAGUGUGUGGAUUCUCAUGUCAUAUAACCUGUGUAAACAAAGCUCCGACCACUUGCCCAGUUCCUCCUGAACAGACCAAAGGUCCCCUAGGUAUAGAUCCACAGAAAGGGACAGGAACAGCGUACGAAGGUCAUGUCAGGAUUCCUAAGCCAGCUGGAGUGAAGAAAGGAUGGCAAAGAGCAUUAGCUGUAGUUUGUGACUUCAAACUCUUUCUGUACGACAUUGCUGAAGGAAAAGCAUCGCAGCCCAGUGUUGUAGUCAGUCAAGUGAUUGACAUGAGGGAUGAAGAAUUUUCUGUGAGUUCAGUCUUGGCUUCUGAUGUUAUUCAUGCAAGUCGAAAAGAUAUACCGUGUAUAUUUAGAGUCACAGCUUCCCAGCUCUCAGCAUCUAAUAACACAUGUUCGAUCCUGAUGCUGGCAGAUAGUGAGAAUGAGAAGAGUAAGUGGGUGGGAGUGCUGAGUGAAUUGCACAAGAUUUUGAAGAAAAACAAAUUCAGAGACCGCUCAGUCUAUGUUCCCAAAGAGGCUUAUGACAGCACUCUACCCCUCAUUAAAACAACCCAGGCAGCUGCAAUCAUAGAUCACGAGAGGAUAGCUUUGGGAAAUGAAGAAGGGUUAUUUGUUGUGCAUGUCACUAAAGAUGAAAUUAUUAGAGUUGGUGACAAUAAGAAGAUUCAUCAGAUUGAACUCAUUCCAAAUGAUCAGCUUGUUGCUGUGAUCUCAGGACGAAAUCGUCAUGUCCGACUUUUUCCUAUGUCAGCUUUGGACGGGCGAGAGACUGAGUUUUAUAAGCUGGCAGAAACUAAAGGGUGUCAAACCAUAACUUCUGGAAGAGUGCGCCACGGAGCUCUUACAUGCCUGUGUGUGGCUAUGAAAAGGCAGGUCCUCUGUUAUGAACUAUUUCAGAGCAAGACCCGUCACAGAAAAUUUAAGGAAAUUCAAGUCCCAUAUAAUGUCCAGUGGAUGGCCAUUUUCAGUGAACAACUCUGUGUGGGAUUCCAGUCAGGAUUUCUGAGAUACCCCUUGAAUGGAGAAGGAAGUCCGUACAGUAUGCUCCAUUCAAACGACCACACACUGUCAUUUAUUGCACAUCAACCAAUGGAUGCCAUCUGCGCGGUUGAGAUCUCCAGUAAAGAGUACCUGCUGUGUUUUAACAGCAUUGGGAUAUAUACCGACUGCCAGGGCCGAAGAUCUAGACAGCAGGAGUUGAUGUGGCCAGCAAAUCCUUCCUCUUGUUGUUACAAUGCACCCUAUCUCUCAGUGUAUAGUGAGAACGCGGUCGAUAUCUUUGAUGUGAACUCCAUGGAAUGGAUUCAGACUCUCCCCCUCAAAAAGGUCCGACCCUUAAACAGUGAAGGAUCAUUAAAUCUUUUAGGGUUGGAGACAAUUAGAUUAAUAUAUUUCAAAAAUAAGAUGGCAGAAGGGGAUGAGCUAGUAGUUCCUGAAACAUCCGAUAAUAGUCGGAAACAAAUGGUGAGAAACAUUAACAACAAGCGGCGUUACUCCUUCCGAGUCCCAGAAGAGGAGAGGAUGCAGCAGAGGAGAGAGAUGCUACGAGAUCCAGAAAUGAGAAAUAAGUUAAUUUCUAACCCAACUAAUUUUAACCACAUAGCACACAUGGGUCCGGGAGAUGGAAUACAGAUCCUAAAAGACCUGCCCAUGCCAGGUUUCCCUUAUCCAUCCCCUCAUCAUCACUCCGGUCUGAUCUCCUCCCCGAUCAACUUUGAGCACAUCUAUCACAUGACUGUUAAUUCUGCCGAAAAGUUUCUCUCUCCUGACUCCAUAAACCCUGAGUGCUCCCCGUCUCUGUGCUCUGUCCCCGGUACACCGAGCUUUAUGACUCUGCGGAACCCUCGGCCUCAGGAAAGUCGGACAGUAUUCAGUGGCUCAGUCAGUAUUCCAUCUAUCACCAAAUCCCGCCCUGAACCAGGUCGCUCCAUGAGCGCCAGCAGUGGCCUGUCAGCAAGGUCAUCUGCACAGAAUGGCAGUGCGUUAAAGAGAGAAUUCUCUGGAGGAAGCUACAGUGCGAAGCGGCAGCCCAUGCCCUCCCCAUCAGAGGGCUCGCUGUCUUCCGGAGGCAUGGACCAAGGAAGUGAUGCCCCAGCGAGGGACUUUGAUGGAGAGGACUCUGAUUCUCCCAGGCAUUCCACAGCUUCCAACAGUUCCAACCUGAGCAGCCCACCCAGCCCCGUGUCGCCCCGGAAGACCAAGAGCCUGUCUCUGGAGAGCACUGACCGCGGGGGCUGGGAGCCCUGAGCCGCGGGGCGCAGACCACAGACGGCAGCCCCACCCGCCUCCUCUCCCUUUCUUCUCCUCUCCACCUCUGCCUGGACACGCCCCAGGCUGGCCGCAGUGGCAGGGUGGGGAUGGAGGAAUCCUGACCACAGGACUCGCAGAUCCACGCCCCCCUCCACUCAACAGCAGCCCUAAAGGCAGCCUUUCAUCGAGCAGCUUAGAUUGAUGCUGAUCUCAUUUCAUACACUUAGAGUUGCUUUCCAUGAUAUUUUACCCCUCCCCCAAAGGUAGCUUCAGUAGACAGAUUACACAAAUGUAAGCGAUAGGAAUAAGAUUAGACAGCGUCGUUCUCACAGUAGUCUCGUUAGCCCCGAGGUGGCACAGGGGUCUUGGGCCGGCCUGCAGCGGCCGCCCUGCACGCUCAGCACCCACGCCCGUGUUGACCGAUCAGUGCCAGGAAAUCCUUAUUAGUGAAAACAAUGCAUAUUUUACUACAAUACAGAGUUUAAAUAAAUACACAAAUGUAGAGGUUAAAUACUGAAUGUACAUAGUAAAAAGAAGCAUCUUGUAUUCAACGAAAGAUGGAUGCAUAUAUAAGAGAGAGAUCAUUUAAUUUAAAGAAAUGUGUUGUUCCUUGUCUGCUUUCCAGCUGAGUAAUCUAAAAGUAAUCUAAAAGGCAGAAAGGCCUCCAGCUGAAGGGGGUCGAGGGAGAGCUCAGAGCCCUUAGUGCCCUGUCUCGAGUCCCUGUCACCUGGAGCUUUAGGAGGCGUCCCGGGACUGUGGCGUCACUGGUUUGGAGUAGACCCAGCACCAGACUUCGGACAUUUGAAUCCUCUUCAGCAGCAGCAUCGAAAGGCAGAUUUACUUCCAUCCAAGACGUUUCUUUUUCUAGUAGUUGAAUUUCAACCACAUUUCUCAUUUUUUGUUAUUUUUUGGUAUCUUCCGUGGAUGAAUAUAGAAAUGCAAUUUUGUCACCUUCUGAUCCCUUCCCUCUGAAAGAACACAAGGAACGUCUUGGCUUCUGAAAGGCCAUACAAAGGGUCAUGCUUUUCUCCUGGUCUGGUCCCCCCCCCCCCCCCCCCCCCCCCCCCCCCAGGGAGGUGUCUGUCCCCCAGCCCAGCCGGCUUCUCACAGAGGGGUCUUGUGAGGGUGGCCUCAGCUUCCUCCAAGAAGCCUGGGAAGAAGGGUUUAGUUACCAAAUAAUAGAAGAGCUCAAAUGCAAGGACUUGAACAGCCUUGAUCAAGUAUUCCUGCCCAAACCCGGAGAAAAUUGGACGUGUUCAGCCCCAGUGCGCAGGCGCAGGCAGGAAGUGGCCCCAUGUAAGCUCGUCCUCUCCCAGUGGCUGCACCGUGUUGUGAGGUGCAUUUCCACUUGAAUCCCUGCUGUGUUAAUUACCACAAGGAAAUGAGAUGCAGAACCCAAAGAACCUUAUUUCUCCAGUCAUUUCUCCAGUUAAGCACAUGAGCAGAGAGAGAGGUAGAAAUAAAAAUAUCUCGUGGAAGUAAAGAGAGCCUCUCUUUUACUUUUUAUCUAAAUUUCUCUGAGAAAUAGGAUUUUCUGCUGUCUUCUUUCAAACUCAGCUAAAAUGGAAGAGUUUUCCUGCAGCUCCUAAUCGGGAUGGCAGGGGCCGGGCCACCAUCUCGCCCGACUUCACGCCUUCGCCUCGGAGCGGCUGUGCCAGCCCGUGCGCGGGGCACGGAGACUGUUAGUAGGCUGCUGCUCUGUGGAGAAGGCUCCUGAGGUCCGGGAGGAGAGAAGGGAUCCCAUGUGGGGAUUAUGUUGCCCAAGGUGACGCAGAGGUGGUGAGAUGGUGACCACGCUGACGUCCGAGCAGCCUGGGCUCCGUGCGCACUUGGUCUGUGCUUUACUUUGGAUGGCGUCAUUCACCGCACAGUUCCAUCUCCUCCUUCUUUUUGCUUUUGGAAAAGAAAUGUCACGUAACAGUACUUGUGUACGUCCAGAUACCAAGGGCCAGCCCUUGAGUUUGGUUAUUGCCAUGUGACCCUGGCAGCUCCUUGAACUUGGCCCUCCGGGGAGAGGAGGGAACCGGCCAGGGCUGAGCGCCUGUGGCCAGUUGCCCCCUCUCCUCCUGACCCUGCCUCCCCACCUCCCCCACCCUCCCCAGGCCACAUUCACAGGAUGGCAGUUUAUAGCUUUGACAACUAAGUGUGAAUUUUUGUUGCCUGUAGGUGCUUAUUUUUUUUAAAGGAUGCUUUUAGGAUCAAAAUAUAACCCUACCUGAAGUCUGGACUCCACUGGAAUGAGUCACACCCUACAGCCUCCCAACAGGGCACUUGAGGGGGCUCCUGAGGGCUCGUCCUGCCCGCUCCCUGGGCGGCGUGUUCAUGUGAGCCCAGUGGACAGCCCCGCGGCACUUUGCGGUUUUUCCACAGCAAUCUUAAGUGAUCUUGUCAGGCAUAGAGCAGCCCCAAAUGUGGUUAGAUUCUAACAGCAGGACUGUGGGGGAGACCCACUGCCAGGAGGGAAUAGUUUAGGGGGACUGUCUCAGGACAAUAAUCGUCCCCCCGGGCUUGUCUGCACUCUGAAAUAGAAUCCCUUCUGAAGCUUCCGAGAAGAAGGGCUUGAAAAGAUGGGGAAUGGGUUUCAGGGCAACAGAAAACAUAGUGAUCAUUCAGGGAUCAGCAACAAAGGCCACGGAAAAGGUUCUAUUGCUGUCUCAAGUCACCCUUUGUUUCCGGGCAGGACAUCUGAGAAAUGUAGAUGGCAGCAAGAACUCAUUUCUCUUCUCAGGAGAAAGGAAGAAUUACCGGAGAGGCAUUUCUGGCACAGCCCGUAGGUGUUGGUACUUGGUGCUAUCUGUGUCCAGCCAGUUUGCUGUCUACCCCUGAACUCUAAUUUAAUCUUGUCAUGUGCUUUGGGUGUAUGAAAUUAUAUAUAUACAGAUAUAUAUUUCUUUUUGCCAAAAACAACAGCCUUGCUGCUUGUCAGACGGUUACUAAAGCAUAUUUCACUUCGAGUCGUGUGUGUUUACACGCACGCGCACACGCACCCCCACACUCAGUGAUUUACGCUCUUUCCCGGGGAGCAGUUUUAGGCCACGAGAUAAAGUUACAAAGGGCCCAUCUGGGUAGUUUUCCGAGCAGUUCUUGUACCCAAGCUUCAGGGAAGAAUCUGAAAUUCCUGUUAUGUUUACAGCAACCACCUGUCAUUCCCCUGCUGGCUCUCGGCCUCUCUGCCUUCCUUAUGGUUAGAAUCGUGUCAUUUUGUUGCUUAGUGGCCACGUCUGCUUCUGUGAAAGACCAGUUGCAUUUCUGUGGACUCUCAGGUAUUACAGAAAAGCCAGAGCAGGGGUGGGCGGACGUCCCUCAGCCCUGGGGACAGCAGGGCCCUUCGCUGGCCUCUGGCAGCCUGUGGUCUCUGGCUGAGCGGGGUCUUGUAGAGCCACCGUCCACUUCCUGGACAGAGGGCCACUCAGCAGUCAGACUGGGCCACCGCCCGACUCCACUGGGCACAACCGGGGCGUAACUGGGCACCUCCCCUCCUCUCCCCUGGCCCAGCCCCUGUUUAGCUAGGCCGCAGCCAUUUCAUUGAGCCCAUCUUAGGACCUCUCUCCUGUUAGGACUGUCCUGAUCACUCAAGCCCAGAGUUCUCUGCGGAGCCUGCUCGAUCCCAGGGACCUGGGCCAGCACUGGCCGGCAGGCCGGCGCUUCCUUCCCGGGCCCGUCACACACAGAGAGCACUUCACUUAUGGGGGAGUUGGAUGGGAACAAAUCCACCCUGAAAUUUCACGGAAACAAGAUGACCUGCCUUUUUAUUUGAUGGUGUAAUAUCCUUUAUUUUAUAAAUUUUUUAGAGUUUUUUCUCAUUGUAAUAUUAUUGUACAGUUUUGCAUGGCCUAGGUGUAAUCAUUUUUUGGUUUAGAAUAUAAUGCUGACAACUGUGUGUGUGGAAGGGGGGAAGAUGUUGCUUUGGCCUCCUGUCACUCUGACUUCAUUUCGUUUGGUUUCAUGCCCUCGAUCUCUUGGAGAACUUUAUCAGAGAUUCUCUGCUACCAAUGGUGUGGAUUCUUUUGCACAGAAAUAUUUAAGGUGGGCUAGUCAAAAAUGUAACAAAAGACUCCUCGCCAAUAUUUUAUGUUGGUAUCACUUAAUAUUAACCAGACUUUGAUGUAUUGCAAUAAAACAGGGAACUGUUA